UCUGAUUAAUCUCUGCCACUUAAUAGAGGUGAUGAUAACAUUUGAAGACCUGGCUGUGUACUUUACCUGGGAGGAAUGGCAGAACAUGAACCAAGCUCAGAAAAUCCUGUACAGGGAUGUGAUGCUGGAGACCUACAGCAGCCUGUUCUCCUUGGGGCACUGCAUGACCAAACCUGACUUGAUCUUGAAGUUGGAGCAAGGAGCAGAGCCCUGGAUGGGGAAAGAAUGCUUACAUCAUAGCCUCCCAGUUGCCAUGAAAAGGGAUGACCUGAUUAGGAAAAACCAGAAAAGUCAGGACAAAAAUCUGAACCAGAAUGUUAUGAAAAACAAUAAGACAUCAACUCCCAAGAUCAUUGAAUUAAGAAAAACACUUCAUUUAAGUUCAAACCAUAUUCCAAAACUGAGUAUCAAAAAGAGAAUCUAUUCAGGAAUGAAACCUGAAGAAUGCAAUGUAUGUCACAAUGUGUAUGCACUGUGGGCCUGUUCAACUACAAACUGGAGAAAAAUUUGA